AUGGAAGACAUAUCAGCAUCUAUCCCUGAUAUGAUACAAGAUGCCAGAGUGGCAAUGCGGACCCGGUUCGAGACUCAGGAAGCUGUUGAAGAGGCUAAUGAGAGGAAAGAGCAACAAUGGAAAGAGGCGUAUGCUAGAAUAGGACAAGAACCUCCAAAAGAAAGAGAAGAAAUCGCACAUGAUGGUAGAACGUUAUACGAAAAAGUUAAAGCUGCCGAAGACGCAAGGACAGCGGUAUGGGAUGAAAAAAUGAAAUUAUCAAAUCAAUAUCGUGGAUUGAACGCUGAGGAAUACGCUUUUUUAUCUGAUAGGGAUAAAGAGAAAAGAGAGAAAGAGAAAGCUGUGAAAGAAGAAGAAGCUAGAGAACUUGUCGGGUAUAGAGAAGCCUUAGCAGCUAAACAUCUUGAUCCUCCCACUCUUCCUCGUCUUCUCAACCCCCCCUUCACAUCCACCCCUUCCACAUCCACAUCCACAACAACAACGACGACCCCACGAUUCCCACCUAAAGCAAUAAAGAAAGAUGUCCGAUCUUUACUCAAAGGAGUAGUGGUGAAGAAGAAAAGUAAGAUGGAACCUAUUGGUAAAGGACUCGGAUCGGCUUUAUCCAAAAUACCCCGUACUUCCACGUCUUCUCUCGUUGAAGAAAGAGGGAAAACUUCGUUGGAGAACGGCUCGGUUUUAGGUAAGAGAUCGAAUGACGGUUCUUGGAGUCGAGCAGUAGAGAGAGGUUCAGAGAAAAGAGGAAGGGAGAGUGAAGUAGGGCAAAUGGGAGGUGGAGAGGAUGGAGGAAUAGAUAGAAAUCAAAAUGAAGAAGACGUGGGGAGGAAUGCGACGAAAGAAGUGGAAGAAAGGGAAGAAAGUGCAGAAUCAACAGGGAAAAAACCCAGGUUGAUAGAAAAAGAAACAUAG